GGGGGUGAGAGAGGGGUGCUCAUUUUGCUCCUAAAUCGUUUUUCCUCAGGGAUCCAUCAUCCACUGCAGAGAAGAAAACACAAGUGUGAGAGAGGGGAGGCAGAACAAUCCGAGAAGCACUUAAAUCUGUGGCUUCUGUCCUCAUCUGGAAACGGAUUUUAACGUUUUACCGCUCAGAGAAACGGCACCACCACUGCAAGGAGCUGAUGGCAGAGAUGGUUUCCCUCUCCAUACCCCAGAACAUCCAGAUCAGCGAGGUUACCUGCGACUCCUUCCGCAUUGGCUGGGACAUGGCCCCGGAGGACACGGGGCGAGUCACGCACUACUUCAUUGAUCUGAGCCGCAAGGAGGGCAGGGACCCUAACCGCUUCAAACACAGGGAUGUCCCGACUAAGCUGGUGGCUAAGGCCGUCUCCUUGCCCAUGGCGGUGAGGGGCCACUGGUUCCUGAGCCCACGGACCGAGUACUGCGUGGCCGUCCAGACUGCCGUGAGGCUGCCGGAGGGGGGCGAUUACCUGGUGUCCGAAUGGAGUGAGGUGGUGGAGUUCUGCACCGGAGACUACGGUACCGUCCACCUCCAGCAGCUCCUGCAGAAGGCCGAGGGGGCCGCCGGAAGGCUGCUGAGGUUCUCCGUGUUCUACCGUAACCAACACCCAGACUACUUCCACCACAUCAGGACAGCGUGUGGGGGCGUGAUGCACCCUGCCCUCAAAGACAGCAGUGGCAGUCACGGGUCUCCCAUCAACGGAACCCUCAGCGGCAUCUUCCUCAGCUGCAACACGGAGUUUGACACGGGCUUGCCUCCCAAUGACUCCCCCUACGGGCCCUUGCGCUUCCUGAUCCCCGCUGCACACCUGCUGCAUCCCUCCACCCAUCUCUACUUUGCCGACUUCUACUGCAUGUACACUCCCUACCACUACGUCAUCCUGGUGCUGACCCCUGCUGGCUCGGAGGGGGAUCUCUUCUGCCGCACUCGCCUGCCCCAGCUGGACCUGACGGCCAACCCGUUCCUGACGUACAGCCCUCCGCAGAGAGAGGGGGAAGAGCCAGCCUUUUGUCACGCCAGGGAUGUCAUCCUGGAGGUGUUUUACACGGAGCCCCUGCACCUGGACCAAGGCUCAGUAGUGGAGAUCAGCGGGCACCACCAGCUCAUGAGCCUGUCCACGGCCAACGCCAAAAAGGACCCCAGCUGCAAGGUGUGUAACAUUAGCGUUGGUCGUUGAGAAAGACUCGGAGGCUUCGGGAGGGAUCGCCUCUCCGACAUGCUGCGGUCGGAGGUAAGAUGCAGCAUGACGGACAUCUCUCCCUCACUAACGCAUGCUUUCCAGGACACACGGAGGAGAGCUCUACCACUGUUUCACCCCCCUACCAGCGUCACCAUUAUUAGUCGCUUAGCGAAUGCCUUCAUCCAAAGCUAGUUGCACAGCUUAGAGCUUUAGCAGUUUUUACAGGUAGACACAAGCACGUCCACAGAAGCAAUCCAGAGCGAGGAAACGGCUCAGCGGCACGACACUUAACUGUGUAGGGUCCGCGCUGAGAUCUGAACCCUCAGCCCGCCUUGCAGUUAGAAAAAAAGCCAUAUGUUGUACAUACUGUAUAAAUGUUGUCUUUGUUUCCGCUCUCGCCUCACCGUUGUACCUCCCCUCACUUUGUCAUGUAACUUUGCUUGUUAGUGUGGUGUCCUCAAUUUACGGAACAGUUUUAACAGUAAAGUGUUAUUUCUUUAAACCAAACAAAUUAUGCACCGUUUAUGUACAGGUUUUUACCGGUAUCAACAGUUCCACUGAAUCGGAUACGGCUGAAUAAAA